AUGAAUAAAUAUUCGCCUGAUGGCUUAGUAUAAUAAUUAUUAUAAUAAAUUAGAAAUGCCUUAUAGGUGCAAUGUUAGUAAAGGCAGGACAAGCACUUUUAAUGACAUGGGGGAAAUCAAAUGUAUAUUAUUAUUCAUAUUUCAAAAUGAAUGAUCCUAAUUUACCAGUUGCAUAUAACACAUUGCCUAUAGCAUUAAUGGGUAUACCAUUGGCGAUUGCAUCAGUGUAUUCUUUAAAGAUUGCUGAUAGAAUAGGGUAUGAGAAACUAAUAAGAAUUACAACAUCAUUAUAAUUUAUUUCAUUCUUAAUAGCGUUACACGCUAACUCUUAUUUAGAAUUCAUAAUAUUUUAUUUGGGUUUUAUAGGUUUGGGAUAUGCAUUGUUAGCAUUUCCAUUAUUAAAAUGUCUAUGGAGUCAUUUUUCAGAAGAGGAAGGAAUGGUGACAGGUAUUUUAUUUGGAGUAUUUGGAUUUGCUACAUUUUUUUAUUUACUUCUAGUAACAUACAUAGUAAAUCCUAAUAAUGAAGAAGCUACAUUAUCAGUAAUUAAUAAAUCAUUACAUAGAUCUAAGUAGGUUCUCAGUAAUAUUUAUAUUUUUCUGAUGUUGUUGCUAUUAACACUUAUUAAGCUAUUAAAUAUGCAGGAUUUAUAGCAGGCACUUUAAGUGUUUCUGGAAGUUUACUAAUAAAUUAAAGAAAAUUAGAGAAUGUAGAAGAACAAGAAUUAUAACUUCUAACUAAUGAAAUAUAGAAUAUCACAAUUACUUCAAAUGAUCCACUUUUUUAAGUUGUUAAAACCAAGCAAUUCAAAAUUAUUCUAGGAUCAUAUUUUACUGUUUUCUUUUUUGAAGUGACGUUGGGAUUAAAUUAUAAAACCUAUGUGUUAUAAAAGGUAAAUUUAUAUAAUUAGUUUAAGAGAUUAAUAACGAUUAACUUAUUACAUGGGUUGAUACACUUGGAAUUAUUCUUGGAUCAAUUGCUAAUUUCGUCUUUGGUAAAAUGGCUGAUUAGAUUGCAUUCACUGUCUUAUUACAUAAAUUAUUAAUAAUAAUGAGUAUCAUUGCUAUGAUGAUCCCAAUAUCCUUGAAUAUUUCUAAAGACUUAUUCAUUAUUGGUAAAGUAUAUCAAAACUAUUUAGAUUAUUUAUUGUUAUCAAUUAUCUCAAAAGGAAUCAUUGUUAUUUUAGGUCCAGGAUUACUCUAAAUAUUUGGUAAGAAAAUAGGUGCAGACAUACUCCCUAUUGUUAAUUUUAGUGGAUUACUAGGUUUUAUUUUUUCAGCUCUCUUCAUAUUGCUCAUUGUUCCAAUAUUGAGAUUUGAUGGCACUUUCAUUUUUUAAGGAUUAUUAAUUGGAUUGGCUGCUUAUUAUACUAAAAACAUCAAUUAAUGA